CCGCUCUCCUCUCGACGGACUCUGGCUCCGGUUGGUGAAACCGACGACGACCGUGAAAAUGACCCGAGUGUCUCCGAGUGGCUGCGCGGACAUGACAGGUGAGGACAACGCGUCGCACGGUUCCCUGCAGGUGUGAUUGAUUGACACACGGAAGCGCUGGCCCCUCCUCCUACGCUGCUGCUCACCAAUAGGCAUGUUUCACCUGCCCGAUCGCCAUCCAAUCACAGCGUCCCUCCAGACGCCCGGCUGCAUUUAGCCAAAGAGCGACGGGAGGACAGACAGAAGACACAAGAGCUGACGGAGGUGCUGCGUGAUAAGGAGCGUCGGGUGCAGCAGCAGCUGGAUCGCAGUGCGGAGGAGCGAGGGAGGAAGAUGGAGGUGCAGAGGAGGAAGGAGCAGCAGCGCAGAGCAGCAGCUGAGGAGAAGAGACGACAGAGACAAGAGGCAGAAAAGGAGAGGCUGGAGGCCCUGGUCCGCCGGAGAGCUGGGGGAGCUGAGACGAGAGGAGAAGGAGGAGCAGGAGGAGGAGGAGGAGGAGGAGGGGAUGCUCAGGACCACCUGGAGAACAGGCCCAAACGCUGGACGUGGGGAGGACCACCGGAUGGAGUAGAGGGUAACCCUAAGACCCCGCCCUGCCCUGCCAUUGGCUCUGCUCAGCCCAAUGAGCUUCCCGCCGCUCCCAGUGCCAGCCAAUCCCGUAACGUUGUUGAUUUCCUGUGUCCACCAACGAUGGAACCACCAAUGAACAAACAGCUCUCCAACUCCUCAGCCGCGCUCCACUCACCAGAGAGAGUGUCUUUUGUGUCCCAUCGAACAGCUUCCCCCAACAACCACAGACCGUACAGAAGUUCCUCCAAUCGCAGGAGCGUCGCUGGAUAUCCUGAAGACACGUCCAAAGCCAAAACACCCACGGGGGACACGCCGAACACACCGGUCCGCAGUGCUUCCUUCAGGGCCAACAGUAAAGGCCCGGCUACACCAAAACGGGUGAGAUCGAACAGGAGCCGCGCUCAGUCGCCCUGCUCUCCUGGGCAGUACCCGCCCUCUCCGCUCAGACAGAGAGCCAGCACCCCCGGCACUGACGACAGGGGUCACUCUGAGGUCAAAGGUCACAGCACCCUGGAGAGGAAAUCAACCAAAUCUGAAACCUGCGAGAAGAGGAUCCCCAAGUCCACCAGCAGAGAACUGAACGCAGAGUCUCCAGGUACACCCACGGGCCGGAGUGUCGGUGGGACGACAGACGCUGAGGAGGCGUCCAGGCUGCUGGCAGAGAGACGACGUCUGGCCCGAAUACAGAAGGAGCAGGAGGAGAGACAACGGCAGGAGGACGAGAGGCUGCGGGCGGAGGAGGAGCAGAGGAGGCAGCAGGAGGCCAGGGAGCAACAGGAGAGAGCGGUGCGUCAGGCCGAGGAGGAGAGAGUGAGGAGGGAGGAGGAGAGGAGGAGCAAGGAGGAGGAGGAGAGACGACAGAAGGAGCAGAGAUGGAAGGACAUGCAGGAUCAGCUGGACAGAGAGAGGGAGGAGGCGUUCCUGCGAGCCCAGAAAGAGGCCGAGAGGAAGCGACAGGAGCGAGAGCUGCUGCACAUCCAGGAGGAGCAGGAGCGCCUGCAGAGGAAGAAGAGAAUCGAGGAAAUAAUGAAGAGAACAAGGAAGAGUGAGGUGGAGCCUCCCUCCGGCUCCUCAGGAUGCGACAUGAGAGCCGAGGCUGCAGCCGCUCUGGAGGAGGACGCCCCGACUCCGGCCGAGGCCCCCGUCAUCACGCUGGGGCCCCUGGAGAAUAAGAGCUUUGUGGACGAGUUGUCUGACGGAGUCCAGUCAAUGGACGUCAGUUCUCCAUCUGUCUCCAUCAGCCCCGUGUCCAGGGACGAGCAGGCGAGCGCUCAGGAGUUCUCACCCGUCACCGAGGGGACAGACGGCUGCCCCCUGGAGCACCUGAUGGACCUGGACGCCCAAGGGCGAGCGCAGGGACACGGUGGCGAAACGCCCCCCUACCCAAAGCUGCAGGCUGGCAGCGGGGUCGGAGACCUCAACAAGAACCUGCUGAUUCAAGCGUACAGCGCCGCCUCUGAAUCCUCCCAGCUCAUCCACAGCAUCGGCCCGAGAAAACUGGACAUCCAGUAGUCGGGGUCUUUUUCAGCAGCAGACAGGAGCCAGAACAAACCAAGAGAUCGUCACCUCCGUCUGAAACUACAACAAUCAUCACAUGACAAGGAACCGCAGCUGACUUCUCAUCUGUAUUAUCAAACCACACUCAAUCAUUGCAGCUCAGCUUUCAGCCACAUGUUCACGCUGUGCAAAUGGGCAAGUUUGACUCUUAGAAACACGACAGAGUUCCACUGAAUCAAGCCGGUGAUGUGAAGUUUAUUUAUGACUGUGCGACCAAGAAGAAGCAGAAGUCCGUUUGAAAAGGUGAAUUUUAGGAAAUGAUUAUUGCUAUAAUUUAUCUAAAACUAAUACUUUGUUCGUUUCAUAAAAUUUGGAAGCGUAACUUGUGAAGUCUUCACACAUUCACCCUGUUUUCGUGAACAGAUCGAACAUGUUUUUACAUGUAAGGUGUCUCACAAACGUUCCUGCCGUUGGAUUUGGAUCUCUGGACGAGCUUUUAGUUCCGUUCUGUCCUCUGAGUGUGGACAGGACACCUCCUCCACACCCGUCCCAGUUAAAGCCAAUAUUGCCCAGAUGCGUUGCCUCUAACCAUCACUCGAGUAUCAUCUGCUUUAAUCUCCCGGCUUUUGUAAAAAAAAAACUCUGUAAAUAUAUGUGUGUGGGUGGUGGAGUCCGUCAUCGUAGGAACAGGGAGCGGCUCUGCUCAUCUGGAGCUGUAAAACAGACGCUGUUGUUUAAAUCCUGUGUAGCAUCUUCAGUGAGGACUAGUUAGUGGAGCUGUGGUUGUAGCUGUGUGUGGGAGUGCCUCCUCCUCGUCAGUGUUUCUGAUGGAUCCCGUGUGUUUGUCUCACCUGCUCCUCUGCCGACAGCGACUCCUGCUUCUAUGAAACCCGGUCUGUCCUCUGUAGACUCCCCGUCCCCCCGAUGCUGGAGAAAACCACGGAGAGCUGAUAUUGUAACCCUGCUGUCGCCCUGUAACAUGUAGAGCCUGUAGCUUCGGUUUCUCUGCUGCUCGUCACUUAACUGAUGGACGUUUUGUGGACGAGUCACGGCAACGAUAUGAAGAAGACGAGGAGGGAGGAGGGAAAAUAAUGUCCCGUAUUUUUAUUUGCAGAUCAGGAAAAUAUUGACACAGUGUGUUGUGUGUUCGUCUGGCACUGACUGUAACCAUGCAAGCUGCGUUUUAUAGUGUGCACUUACCAGUAGUUGUGUGUAUCACUGCUCGCAAGACAAGUACACCUCCACCUCCACUCAUCCCCCAAACUAAAAUAUACCUCACAAUUCACAAUAGACUGGUGUUAAAGCAGCGUCCGCGCUCAGCUCGUCACCUCCGAGGCCUUAAACCUCAGCGCAGUCAGCAUCUUCGCCUCGAACACUCGUCCUCUGUGCUUCACCCUCAGGAUCUGUCUCGUCCAGCAUGUGCACUUUUCACUGUUUUAGGAAAAGAUCCAGAAACUGGAGACACAAUCAUGUGAGUGGAAGGUUGGAUUCCAGGCGGAGGCCCCCAGGGGCCCCAGACGUGUGGACGAUCAGGGCCGUAACCAGGAUUUUAGAAAUACUUGGGUAAUAAGUCUACAUUCCCCCCAAAACUCACACCAACCACCGACCAAACUCUGCAGUUUUCAGAGUAUUUAAGUCACAUUCUAUUUAUUCAGCUGAUCAUUUGUUUCUUUGUGGAUUUGAUUUUCCUUCAUUUCAGUCUAGUGCAAAAAAAAAAUUCCUCAAGUUUUAAAUGUCCUCGAUUGAGUUUAUUUGGCCUGAAACCGUCUCUGAAUAUUAGAAUCAGCCUUAAAAAUGCAACAUGUGCAGUAUGUGUGUAAAUGUAGAAUGUAAACCCCUUCCCACAAAAAUACAGAGGACUUAACCUCUGUGUCCUCACCUCCUUUUUUUGAAUUUACAUCGUACUCGUUCGAUUCAUAAUCCUGUCUGUGAAUGUGUAAAGAAAGAGGGUGAUGGUGAAAGAAUGAUCAACUGUACUUGAGCGAGACUUUUUUCAGGGGCGAGAAACCAAAGCUGGAUCCAAGCGAAAGGGGAGUUUCCAUAAAAAGCUUCUUGAGGUGGACGAGGGUCUCAGCUCCUGCGCCAUUGAAGAAAAAAAGAGUUUCCUCGUCACUGCUGCAACGCUCAGCUCGUUGUUUAUGUUUUCACGCUCCCGUCGCCACCCCCCCCCCCCGUCGGCGUCUCUACGUCCACUCCUCCGGAUUCUGCUGAAACUCAUUGUAAGAGGGUCUCCUGGGGCCCCUUGUAUACAACUUAAAAAAUAAAGGACAUAAUGUUUAUCCUAAUAUAACUUAAACCCUGUGACACUGCAGCUUGGUGGAAUAUAUCAUUGUAGACGUGGUGCAUGGAUAACUGCUGAAAAAGAACAAUAAACUUCAUCAAGCCA